AGCGUAGAUAAGAGAACGAGAGGCCCAUAAAUUUUUGAAAAAUAUUUAGCAGGUUUUAUUUUUUAAAACAAUGGCCUUUUUCUAGAGAGACAUUUUUCUCUUUGUAUGGUGAAUACUGAAAAAGACCCCACAAAAUCCCCCAAGGUUCCAUUGUUAACACAGCCAUGGCUACAACACAUCUCCUACUAUCCCUUGGAAACAAUUCAAUCAAAUUUUCAUUUUAAAAUAAAAUUAUUACAAGAAAAUGUUAUCAACCACUUCUCCCAAGCUUCAGUCUCCAUAUCUCUGUUGUCCUCUCAAGCUCUAUUCAUCGUCUUCUUCCCAGAAACUCUUCAAAACCCAUCGCUCACCAGCUUCUUUUCCCUGUAUUAGAGCUGAUCUCGAUCAAGACACGAUAGUAGCAAUUACAGUUGGGGUUGCCGGCAUUGCGGUAGGGAUUGGAAUUCCAGUCUUCUAUGAAACCCAAAUCAACAAAGCCGCGAACAGAGAGAACACACAGCCAUGUUUUCCCUGCAAUGGCUCUGGUGCUCAGCGAUGUAGGUUUUGCGUGGGCACAGGGACAGUAACAGUUGAGCUUGGAGGGGAUGAGAAGGAAGUCUCGCGUUGCAUCAACUGUGAUGGUGUUGGUUCUAUGACAUGCACAACAUGUCAAGGCAGCGGUAUCCAACCUCGAUAUCUUGAUCGCAGAGAGUUCAAAGAUGAUGAUUAAGGAAAUUGGAUUCCACAGCAGCAGGUGGUUUCAGAAAGAUGGGUUUUAUGAGCAUUGUUAUGUUGUCCAUUUCCUUUUGUUGUCUUUAAUUUAAUCAGCUCAUUGAACUCUACAAAAGUAUGUCAUUUUCUUGAUUUGGUACGCCUUGGUAAGUAUGUUCUUUAUGUGACUUUGAUCUAAUACUACUUCCGUCUCGGGUUUUUGUCCAAUUUGAAACUUUUCACUCAAAUUAGAUAAAUUUUGAUCAUCAAU